CCUUGAUUAUGCAAGCUUCUGCACAUUCUCUAGAGACUACCAGGAUAAGCUCGUUCAUCAUAUUCAAAAGCCAUUAUUGCCUGCUACUUCAGAGUCAAACCUCGAGCAGCUCGCACUCCGUGACGAAUUUUAGGAACCUGUCGAAAAACUCCAGUUAGGCAGCCAUUUUGUCAGAUCGGAUUAGUUCGCCAUGCGCAGAUAGCACAUCGCAAACCGCUGGCCUGUUUGGCCUUCACAGAUGAGUCUCGAUCAGCCUUGUAGGUCCUAGUCCCCCUCGGACUGACCCAAGCUCAACAAACGCAGCUAUCUCAACUUCCGCAGCAGAAAGCACAGCAGCAGUUUCAGCAGCAAUCGCAGCAAGCACAGCAAGCACGGCAAUCGGAGCAGCAAUUAAGCAGCUAGCCCAGCAAGCGUCGUUUCGAUUCCAUCUAGCACGUUCCAGCUUUUCGAGGCGCCUCAUAUCGCAUCAAGAGUCCUCGGCUCAUUCUUCCAUCCACCUCUCAGCUUCCUGAAUCCUCCUGAGUUUCGCCACUCGUCCCGUCAUCUCUAGCCCAGCCCUUUUUUCAUAAUUUAUUAUCUCCUCGCAAUUUGAGGGAAAAAUUAGGAGCUAUUGACGACCUUUUUUUGUUCGACUUUUAAACGUCUCGAAGCUACACUUAUUUAACUUCCUGCUUUUUGACGGUCUUCACUUAUGUCGGACCUCCUACGCCAUCCCGUCGCGUGCCUCAACAGUGUCACUGCAGCGACAGCAAUCGCCGGUUCACUUUCCAGUAGCAGACCGCACGAUUCACCUUCCAAACCUCGCGCCGUGAAUUGCGGCGGCAGCCCCGCCAAGGCAGCUAACUUGCGAACACCGGCCUGCUCGUCCAGUCACGAGACGGAUCGGAUUUCCCAGAAUCCGUUUCCGUCAUCGUUAAUUCUCCAGCCUCUCAAGACCAUGUCGCCGUUACACACCGCCCCGUCCCUUCCCGUUCCGCAACCGCGGCUCGGCUCACCAGCACAGCAACCGAAGAGGAGAAGCCGAAUCGCGAUGAUGCACGAGCCGACGACCGCCGCCGCAGCUGCCGCCGCGUCUACCGACGGCGCGUCCGCAAUCUCCCCCGCAGCGCCUUCUACCGCUCCAGGUAACACCGCAUCAUCCGGUGGUGGUGGGGCAAGCGUAACUGGGACCGGCGGCAAGCGCAACGUGGUGGCGGCAGCCGUCGCGACGGGGAGUCGCAGCGCCACGUUAAGAACGACCAUGCCGUCUCGAACCCCCACCUCCUCCUCCCCUACCACCACUAGUACGAUCGCGUUUCCCGAUCUCCAAUCGCCUUAUUUUCCAUUCGAGGAGGCGGAUUUUUUGGACGCUUAUGGAGAUGCUUCUUCGCUGCGUCGCGAAUCGUCGCAUGUCGAUUCGCCGCGACAAUCGUCGGCCAGGGAGCGAGUCUCGGCGUUUCGCGAAGGAUCGUCGAAGCCGCACGAUCCGGCGGCGGCGGCGGGCGAGGCGGAGGACUACGAUCUGUCGGUGGCCGAACGCGCGGUUCAAUUGUCGUGUCGUCUCACGCAGAAGGUUCAGGCGCAGCUGCGGCGCGAGGCAGAAGAUGUAACGCGCUCCAAGCCGGACAGGUCGUACGUUACUGUAGCAGACUGGGGCGUUCAGGCAGUCGUUAGCUGGGUCCUGAAGCAGGCUUACCCGGGGGAGGUGGUAUCUAUGGUAGCAGAGGAAGAUACUAAGCAGCUGACGAGCGACGCGGGAACCGCGAUUCUCGCGCGGCUCGUCGGCGUAGUUAACGAGUGCCUCGCCGAGGCGCGUCUGGUCGGUAUUGAGCCACCGGAAAGCCCGCUAGAGGCACCGGAGGUGCUGGAGUUAAUUAGUCGCGGUUCGUCAGAAGGCGGCGCGGUUGGGAGGCACUGGAUAUUAGAUCCUGUAGACGGCACGCUCGGAUUCGUUCGGGACGAUCAGUAUGCGAUCGCGCUGGCGUUGCUAGACUCGGGCAGCCUGAAACUCGGCGUUUUAGGCUGCCCGAAUUUUCCGGUCAGGCCGGGAUGGCUGCGGCACCCGCACCGCUUCCACCGGAUCACUUCGAAGCUUUUCCCGUCCCGCGACUGGGGGGAGGGAGUGGUGCUGAAGGCGCUCCGGGGCCAUGGCGCCUUCGUCGAACCGCUUGUAGAAGGCAAUCCUGCAGCAGUAGUCGCCGCGAAGGUUCCCCGAACCGGGGGCAGGAGCAGCAACGGGAGCAGCAGGGGCAGCAGCAGCAGCGGCAGCAGUAGUCGCCGCACGAAGCUGGACCCGAAUUGGCGCGCAGCAGCGAACUCUUCAGACCGCCACGUGGCUCGCGCCCACGUGUCCACCGUGCGCGAGCCGAGCAGUGCGACGUUCUGCGAACCGGUGGAGAAGGCGAACUCGAACCAGAUGUUCACGGCGGGCCUGGCGGACCUCCUGGGAAUCAGUAACGACCCUCUCCGCGUCUACAGCAUGGCAAAGUACGCCGCCAUAGCGCGCGGCGAUGCGGACAUUUUCAUGAAAUUCGCGCGUAACGGUUACCAGGAGAAGGUCUGGGACCACGCUGCAGGGGUGGUGAUUGUAGAGGAAGCAGGCGGCAUUGUAACGGAUGCGGGUGGCAAGCCUCUGGACUUCACCAAGGGCCGCUUUUUAAGCACGCUCGAUAGAGGCAUAGUGGCGUCGAGCAGUGCUGAGCUGCACCAACAGCUGCUGUCCGCCAUUGAUGCAAGCUGGCGAGUGUACCAUGGAGGGGAAUUUACCCCGCAGGAAACCGACGCCCUGCUGAUGCUCCAGCAGCAGAGUCUUAUCCAAGUAGAUGUGCCAUGUGAGGACUCCACCACCACCAACCCCUUAGAGGGGUCUUCGCCCCAUCAAGAGCUUCUAUGGUUGCGGAGGCAGAAGCUAUUCCCCUUGCCUGCUGCUGCUUGCGCCCUGCCCAGCCAAAAUGGUGGGGAUGGUCUGCGUAUGGAUGUCAAUGAGGCUGAUAUGAAGCACCAGGGCUAAGGGAAGGAUGGACGAGAGGGUCCUUAGUAAGACUUUGUCAAUUAAGGUGUACCAUUUGUAUGCUUAUGUAGGUUAAACGUUGCCGAACUCAUAUUAGAGCAGCCUAGCUUGUCAAUCUUAGUGUCUCACUUGAUUCUUGAAGAAUUAUCAGUUGA